AUGCCGUCUUUCUUCGCUCCAGGCCACGGCCUGCCUCCCACGCCUCCUCAUAUCAACAGCGGUGGUCGUCUGGAUGAACCCUCGUUCUAUCCGGUUGGUCACUCCGCGUUCCCCCCUCGCUACCACCAGAGCGGCUCUGAGUUCAUUGAACAGUACUCGCAGUCCCUGGUCUACGCUAAACCGAACGCGAUGAACCUGCACCCUGGAUCCGGGCAUCCUAUGCAUUCUGCGCGCGACAUGCACUCCAUGGGCCACCAGCAGUCAAUGUAUGGCCCCAUGGCAACCGCAUUGCCCCCAAUUCGGGCCAACGUCCAGCUGCCGCCCAUGGAUAGUGCCAUUCCCCCGCAAUACCGCCGUCAGGAGAUUACCUCGAUGCAACAGCAGCACCACCACCAACAGCAGCUGGAGCAGCAACAGCAACAGCACCAGUCCCGCAAGGAGGAAAAAGCUACCGGAGGUGUCGCCGCCCACCUGGAUUACGAGAUGGAUCGCAUGUCCGACUUCGUGGCGGAAAUGACCCAGGGAAUGUAUGAUUUAUACAACACCAAGAUCACCCUUUCAGAUAUUGACUUCGCGCGAAGCAUCUCCCCAGGAACUACCGUGCCCCCUCAGUUCAGGAAAUACGUCUACCAGAUCUUGUCCUCGACCCGCCUCCCCAGUUCGACUAUUCUGUUGGGCCUGUUCUACAUGUCUAGCCGCAUGCGCAUCUUGUCCGCUCAGCGGGUCUUCCAGUCCGGCAGUGGCCAGAUCUACCGUAUGUUGACGGUGGGCCUGCUGCUGGGCAGCAAGUUCCUGGAUGAUAAUACCUUCCAAAACAAGUCAUGGGCCGAAGUCAGCAACAUUCCCGUUGCCGAAUUGAACAAAAUGGAGCUCGAGUGGCUCUUUGCCUUUGACUGGAAGAUCCACGAGCGCAUCUAUGAUCAGCAAGACGGAUUUGCCUCGUGGCGCCGACACUGGGACAACUGGAGUGCAAAGGCCAACGUUCGGGCCCAGGAGUCUUCUCGUCAGACUCUGGCGCCCAUCGACACUACCGUUGUCCGACACCACCAGUCCGUUUCCAAGCCGCUCAUGUCCCCCGAGGGACCCAUCCCGCCGCAAUACCAACGCAGCUCGCACGUUGAGAGCUCCUGGCUCAACCCUGCUGCCUCCGAGUACUCCCCGCCGUCGGCCCCUCACAGCGGCCCCAACACCCCCGACUACUACUCGGUCGGACCCUGGGGUUUCUCAAACCCACCGCCGCCUUACUCGCAGGGGGCCUGGAUCGCUCCGCCCCCACGGUACAUUGCUCAGUCUGCACCUCGCUCGCAACCCCCGUCCUACCACCACACUCCGGCAUACGGCCUGCCGUUUGCUCAGAGUGUCUGGACUGGCCAUGGCUCUUCGUGUGGCUGCAUGUACUGCGCCAAGCAUAUGGAACACUACAUGUGUAACAGUGCUUUCCCUGCUCUGCAGCCCAUUGUUGCUGGCUAA